AUGGCUGACCAGCUGACCGAGGACCAGAUCGCCGAGUUCAAGGAGGCCUUUUCGCUGUUCGACAAGGACGGCGAUGGCACGAUCACGACCAAGGAGCUUGGUACGGUGAUGCGCUCGCUGGGGCAGAAUCCGACCGAGGCGGAGCUGCAGGACAUGGUGAACGAAGUCGACGCCGACGGCAACGGUACCAUCGACUUUCCCGAAUUCCUCACCAUGAUGGCGCGCAAGAUGAAGGACACCGACUCGGAAGAAGAGAUCAAGGAGGCCUUCAAGGUGUUCGACAAGGACGGCAACGGAUUCAUCAGCGCAGCUGAACUCCGACACGUGAUGACCAACUUGGGCGAGAAGCUUUCGGACAACGAGGUGGACGAGAUGAUCCGUGAGGCAGACGUCGACGGUGACGGCCAGAUCAACUACGAGGAGUUUGUCAACAUGAUGCUGAGCAAGUAG